UGAGAACACUGCCCGUCAGAGGUUCUAUAAAAGCCAUGGAGCUGUGAGAUUUUCUGUUCCCUCUUUUGCUUCUUUCACAUACGAACGAGUAUACGAAUUUUCCUUUUCACAUCUGAAAAUCCGAGAUAUAUACAUACUGCUAAAGUCGAUUAUUUGGGAUUUGGGUAAUGGAAUCGUCAUCUUCGUCUUCUUCUUCGGUGAUAACUCCCGAAGAUGUGUUGGGGACGCUGAUGAACGACGGUACAAUCGACGCUAUCCGGUUGAAAAUCAUCACUCAGCUCAAAGCCAAUGAAGAGUUGAAGAAUACAACCAUAAAAAUGGUGGAACAGAGCAAGGUUCUUAACACUCCUGGGGCCGAGAAGCAGACCAAAAGAGAGCUUUUUGAUGCACUUCGCCAAGAACUCGAGACUUCAGUGCUUGAGAAAGCUUCUAAAUCAGUUUGGGAGCUGAUAUUGGAUCACAAUGGGAUCGGGAAAGAAAUAAGCGAGACAGUUGAGGGCGUAUUUUGUAGAUUGAGCGGAAGAGAACCUCCGUUGUUCCCUCCAGCUGUCGAAACCAAAUCAGACAAGGGGAAAGUGAAAGACAGCGAGGAAGGAAGGGAAACUGAGAAGGAUAAUUCAUCAGACUUGGCGUUAAAGAAGAGGAAGUUCCAUGAAGUGAAUACAGAAGAUGGCGCAGAAGAAGUUGCUAAGAAAUCACACGAAAAGUCAACUGAAACAGAUGAUUCUAGUAAAAUGCCUACACCUAGCACAAAAUCAUGAUUCCUUAGGUAAACUAUAUAUCUACUUUAUCCUUCUCUCCAUUUUAGCCCUAGUAGAAGAACUUUUGAAUGCUCAAAACUCUUGUAACAGAAUCAGUCUGCGUCAUAUAUGGUUUGUAGAUAUGCACACUAGGAAAUGAUGCAGGCGUUUUAUGCUUUCUGAAAUCCUUGUAUCUUUUAGCAGGUUCAAGGUUUGAAGUUAAUACUUUUGUUAGCAAUAGCUGCCUUCUUGACUUCUUGUUGGCAACUUUCAUAAUUGGAAUUGCUCAUUAAACUUAGAAUGAUGACAAUUGUUCAGUAA